UUCAGCAGGAAGGUUCACGUAAAGCGAGGCUAAACUAGGACGCGAGAAAAUCCAACCGAUAGCGCGCCACGAUCUUUCCCAGAAUUCACAUUUCGUCUAGGCGAGCGCGUGGUUCUACUAAAUCACGCAGAACUACUUCUGGCAAAUUGCGAAAAAUACGCGAUCUUGAAUUUUUCGUGACCAGUGCGUGUGCGUGUGUUUGACCAGCGAGCCGAGCGUCCGAACAGCGUAUCUUGGGGGGAAGAGUAAGCUCUUCAACCGCAAAAACGGUCGACAACAAAACCACGACCUCGUCCGGCAGUAGAUAGCGCAGCAAAACUAAGGACAAAUUUAGCCGCACCAACCAAACCGGUGAUCAUUCUGGUUGCCCAAAGUCCUGCGGUAGCCGCGAAUCGCGAAACCGCCGCGCACCGCAACGCAGAAACAAAACAGAGAUUCAUCUGCAAGCAAAACAAACGCCUCACACCAGCAGCAGUGCUUUGAAUUACGGGAUUCUCUCGUGCGGAAUACCGCUCGCGGAUGUAGAAACUAGCCCACCGUUGUGGUAGCAGAAGAUCGGAGAUGUCGGUGAAAAUAUGCCUGGAAAUCGGUCACGUGUGCACGGUGAAGAGUCGGCCAACGGCGGAGGGAUACACGCACGAUUGGGAACUAUUUGUGCGCGGUCCCGAUGGCAACGACAUAAGCCACUUCGUCGACAAAGUCAUCUUUAAUUUACAUGACUCAUUUCCCCGGCCGAAGCGAGUAUUCAAAGAACCACCAUAUCGAGUAAAGGAAGCUGGCUACGCUGGAUUCAUGUUACCCGUGGAGAUUCACUUUAAAAAUCGUGACGAUCCCAAGAAGGCCGUGUACAACUAUGAUCUUGAUCUGACGCCCGUCAAAAGCCAGCGUGAGGAGCUAAUGUUCGUCAAUCCAUCGGAUGACUUCCGACGCAAGCUACUGAAGAGCGGAGGUUUCAUGGGCCCCGGGAGCAGCAACAACAAUAGCAAUGCUGCCGCCGAUUAUAAAACCAAUCGGCACAGUAGCAGCGGCGGUGCGGAACGAACCGGUGGUGGUGGAGUCAGCUCAGGAUCGCAGGAGAAGAAAUCAAAAUCCAAGUCCGGUGGCGACGAUAGUAAGGGUCCGUAUGGUGAUCUGUUCGGUUCUCCCUUUCCACACAAAUCGGGCAACGGAAGUAAAGUCUCACCGGAUCCAAAAUCCGGAUCGGGAUCGGGUGGAAGCAAAACGUCGCCCGCUGGUGCAGGUCCCGGGGGUGGCAGUGGUAGUGGAAGCAACAACACCGGCAGUGGCGGUAAAACCCAACCGAGUCAAAAAUCAUCCAAUGAUCGUACCGCCUCAUCCGGUUCAGUCUCAUCGUCGAAGGAAAAAUCUUCAUCCAAGCACAAGCAUUCGAGCCCAAACAAAGAGAGUAAGAAAGCUUCCUCCUCUACCGUUUCGUCGUCGGGCCUGGCCGAGCCGGAGAAGCAGCACAGCAAAGAGAAAAAGGACAAAAGCCAUUCGAAGGAUCGCGAUAAGACGAGCAAAGGCGACAAGAUCUCCAACAGCAGCAGUAGCGGCGCAACAGGAAGUAGCAACUCUGCAGUGAUGUCGUCAUCGUCCUCCUCUUCGGCAUCUCAGAAGCGACCGGGCAGCCCGAAACGCAAUAGUACGGCCAACACCACAUCCAGUGCCAGCUCCAGCAGUAAUACCAACGGAUCGAGCAAUAGUAAUAAUUCAGUUCCUACUAGCGGUACAUCAUCAUCGAGCGUUUCCGCUUCCGGCGGAGGAGGAUCAACAGCAGCAGCUGCUGCGCCAGGAAGUAAAGCGUCAAGCGAAGGCGGAAAACGCAGCGCUUCCGGUGGCAGCAGUAGUGGCGGAACCAACGAAAAAGAAAAGAGAAGUAAGAAGGAGAAAAAAAGUUACGAGAAGGACAAGGAACGGAUCGACUCCUCAUCCAGCGGAAAUGCGCGCAAGGGAGGAGAACCGCACAAGUCUACUACAUCUGGUGCGUCGAUAUUCUCUAAAGAUGCCGCCGCGGCCGGUUCCAAGUCCGCCAGCUCUGGCAAAUCUAGCUCUGCGCAUCAGCAACAGUCCAGCAACAGUACCGACGGUGCUGGCAAAUCAAUUGCCAACGGCGGAGGCACGGUGCUUGGUAACGGUAAUAAUGCUGCCGUACCCGCUAACACUUCCUCUAGCGGUGGAUACACAAAGGAUAAAAAGCAAUCCAGCACCGUGGAGUCUGGAAGCAGUGGAACGGCAACCAAAUCGGACAUAACUGGUGGGAGCUCGACGAAGGCAAACGACGCCAAAGAGCGUGACGAGCGGAAACAUAAGCACAAAAAGAAGGACAAAUCGAAAGACAAGGAGAAGGAGCGUCCAUCGAGCGGGAAGGAUAAGAAGGAUCGCCAAAAGGAGAAAAGCGACAAGGGUGCUGCUGCUAGUGGAGAUCAAAAGCUGGGAACCGGAUCAUACUCAACGCCAACUCAUGGAAUGACCGAUGCGUCGAACGACGGAAGCGGCUUAGCAGUAGCACCUUCACGAACAAAACACCUUAGUGGUGGUAAUGCAGAAUCGAGCACGAAAUCGAGUGGACUGGAUCGUCAACAACCAGCAACAGCAGGCUCUGCUAAAAGUUACGCCGCUUCGGGUGUAUCGCAGCAACCUAAACAAUCCAGCAACCGGCAUCACAGCUCAAAGACAGCAGCCCUGAUCGGGGACACCAGUGGUGGAGAAAACUCGGACGAUUCUGAUUCUGGACCCGAUGAUGCCACUCAUCCACCAGCGGUGGUCGCGAACGAUAAGGAUUCGGAAUCGUCAAACAGCAGCAUAGCGGAUAUCAUUGCUAAUGCACCACAACAACAACAACAUCGUCCAUCGUCGGCGAGUCUACAAGAUGCGGCUACCGAUCGUCAUCAACCAACCCCGGUCAAUAACUAUAAGUCGAAGAAAGAGAAGCUCAUCAAGGUUGGUUCUGCUGCGUUGAUCGGUGCGGUGACGCCACCUGUUGAGCCUUCGAAGGAACCGGCACCGUCGGGAGAAUCGUCGAAAAAGCGUAAGCGUAAAAACAAAGACAGUGACCUUGUCGGUGACAAGGGUAGUAGUGCUACGAAGGAAACUACUACUCCGGUUUCCCAGAAUGAGGGGGGUCGAGGAGAGCGGCGCAGUCUCUCGCCGCCCUCUCCGAUGGGCGUCUCAGGUGGUGGAAGCCUGAUGGAACCGCCGGUGAAGGUACCGAAGAAGGACGAUCAUCUGUUUGAGGGUGGCAAGCACAGCUCACCGGCAGCGGAGCUGGGUGAUAACUCUAACAACAAUAACAACACCACGUUAAAUUACAAGCAAUCGUCGUCAACAGCGGGCGGCAGCGUUGCUGCUGAUGAUGAUAGCAGUGGUAACGCAUGGCAGCAGGUUGGGGCUGGUGGCGGGACAACUACUAACCACCACGCGAUGACCGGCGAUUACAUGUCGGAGUUGAAAGAUUUGCAAAAGAAAAUCAUGACGCUGCAGGAUAACAACGAGCUGCAGCGUGUGGUGGAGAUGAUUGCCGCUACCGGGUGCUAUGAGAUCACCAGUGCCACGUUCGACUUUGAUCUGUGCGCCCUCGAUCGGCUAACCGUGCAACGGUUGCAGGAAUUCUUCGCAACCGAGACCUAGUUUGCCAUCACUGAAACGGGACGCCAACCGUCCGCACAUACCUGUACAUAUAAUUUAUUUACUUCACUUUUUUAUCACGAACAGAUGACGUGUUUUGAAGAUUCGUAUUGCGUAUUUAUCCGCUCUUGCGUUUGGCCCUACCGGACAACUCGUAGAUUCUCACUUUAUUUUUAUAUUUAAUUUCUUUUGCCAGUUCGAUCAGGUCUUUUUAGUUAUUAAGGACGAAUGGCGAGUAAGUAGGCUAAGUUAGUUUUACUUCUCAUCUCAGCGCUAGGCUAGGCAUAUAGUAGGUUAACUGAUUAACUGGGAUUUGAAUUCUUGAUUUCAUCGAAACCUCACUACACACAUAAAAGCAAGCAAACAAGGAGUGUGUCAGUACCGCUAAUGUGCUUCAGCAGCGCAAUGUGUUUCGAGACGCGUGCAACCCAUCUCAUGUUGUCAAGUCUACCCCUACCAAGCACAUACGAUUCGAUUAUAUUGCUGAACUCUACUUUUAAUCGGGACAGAUUUGAAUUACGUUCUAUACACAGCACCCUACAUACAUGCUGACAUCGUGUCAAAGUACAAAGGAUAUGGAGCACGUACCUUCCGCUGGUACAGCAAACAAAGGCAUAUCAUGCAGUGCCACGAGGUGCUAUGCGGAAGACGUUGUAUGACAAUGAAUUUUGCUGAUAUACGUAACUCUUGCCUCUCAUAAUCUAAACUUUAGGCAGUGUCCUCUGUGACAGUUUUGGCUCAAACAUUUUUUAACUCAUCUUACAUCAAAAAGACGCGCGGUAGUAGCCAGCGCAACAGUGGCUACCAUUGGCUACCCACAUAGGAGCCAACCUCCUCACAAUGCACGAUGGACAAAUUAGGAUACUCCUCUACAUGUCUAGUCUAGAGGUCAUCGGAAUUCCUAGACCACGCGAGUUAAACGGACUUUUCUUUCAUUCUCGAAGCAAAACAUUUAUAAUUUACAAUUUCGUUACCAAGAUUAAGAGGUGGUUUGUACGCAAUAGUGGGUGUACAGGAAGUAGGCACAGGGGAGGAGUGCAGUGUUGUAGUGUUAUAGUGAGCAUCCACCAUUCUACAGCAUUUGGCCAGUAGCAGUCAACACAUUACGAUCGGGUAGAGGCGUAGGAGUGUUUGACUCCAAAUUGAACUGAAUCCGUUAUGAUUUAAUGAUAACACAUGUAAAUAGAUGUGUAAAGUACAUUAUCUGAAAAUAUACAAUGAAUUUGCUGUUUGAACACCAUAGGUUAGCAUGAUCAUCAGUGAACAACACGUCCACGAUGGCGUGUUGCUCGUUUCGGUUGCUUGAUGGAUAGAGAAUACUGCGAACACAAUUCAUGGAUUAUGAUAAUGCGAAUUGGACUGUAUGCGAAUAAAAAUUGUUCUAAUUGGUAACAAAUUCUGUUUUCUACUUCUAUAAUUAAACGGUAGAAUUUCGGGAAGAAAACAUCGCCAAUAAGCUAUUAUUUCGCGGGAGACAUCUAGGUUUAUCCACUUAAGCAGUCCGCACCUUAUUGGCCACCUUUCACGCC